CCAACCCCAGCCAAUCGCAGCAUUGGGAAAUCUCUCGCUCAGCAUCUCCAUUCUCAAUCUUCACUUCAACCUCACCUCCAUCACCACACCCGCCAUCUGCAUCCCGCCGCAGCCACGAUGCCCGCCCUCGCCACCACCACCCGCGCGAUAGCCCGCUCAUGGACACAGCACUCGCUCCCCGUUGCCCGGGCGGGCUGCACAGCAAUGCAGACCCGUAACGUCUCCGGCUCCGACGCCACGUCCUCCUUCGACAGCCCCUUCAGGGGUGCUGGCAGAACCACCCAGAUCCCUUCGUUCGGCUCGUACAAGAGCAAGUCGAAGAGCGAGGAGGGCCCCAAGCUCAUCUCCUACUUCAUGGUCGGCACAAUGGGUGCCCUGACGAGUUUGGGCGCAAAGGCUACCGUACAAGAUUUCCUCGUCAACAUGUCUGCUUCCGCCGAUGUCCUGGCCCAGGCCAAGGUUGAAAUCGAUCUCGCUGCCAUUCCCGAGGGCAAGAAUGUCAUCAUCAAGUGGCGAGGCAAGCCCGUCUUCAUCCGACACCGCACCGAGGGCGAGAUCAAGGAGGCUGAGGACACCAAGUGGGAAUCGUUGCGCGACCCCCAGCCCGAUUCCGAGCGUGUCCAGAAGCCCGAAUGGCUGGUUAUGUUGGGUGUCUGCACCCAUCUCGGAUGUGUCCCCAUCGGCGAGGCCGGCGACUUUGGCGGCUGGUUCUGCCCCUGCCACGGAUCCCACUACGACAUCUCUGGUCGCAUAAGAAAGGGACCCGCCCCUCUCAACCUCGAAGUCCCCGCAUACGAUUUCCCAGAGGACGGCAAGGUGGUCAUCGGUUAGACGUUCUGAACAGCUGUAAAAUAGAAGGCAGAGAGGCAGUGCGUUGGAAGUUGGAGAAAGCCCGACCGAGACGGAGCUGUGUCGAUAGUAGCAAGCAUUCAUCCAUUUUCCUUU